AGUCACCUACACAGAGCGUGUUGUUAGAGCUGUUCUGAGCGGGUGUUUGGGCUGUUGGCUGCUUGCUUCCCCCUCUCUCACACACUUGUAUAUUAUUUUGAGGUGGUGUUCGCAGAGUUUGAAAGGAGAGAGAAUUAAAAAAAAAAAAGCCGCAAGCGUUUCACUCUCUUUUAUUUUUAUAAUCCCCUUCAAUUUGGGGUUAAAAAAAAAAAAGACAAGAAAACAGGAAGGAAGAAAAAUAAGGAAAUGAGAUGUGGUAAAAGAAGCUAAAAGGUGCCUUUUUAAAAGAUCGUUGCUGUGAAGUGAAAAAAUCUCCAGAGAAACCAAAAAGCACCGCCGAGACCUCUUCCGAACCAAAGGAGUUUGUGUUUGCUUUUAGGAAAGAAGAGAGAGAUCAUUCAUUCGGAGGAAUAACAACCAAUUAAAAGACAAAUAAAAAAAAGUUUGGAGUGGGACGAGCGAGCGAGCGAGCGGGCGGGCGGCGCUGCCGGCGGGCGCUGGUGCGCGGAGCUCGCACUUUUCCCGGCCCGGGGGAACGGCGCGGUAGCGGCGCUGGGCUCGGCGGGCGCGCCUCGGCGGAGCGAACGUCGGAGCGUUGCCGCGGGAGACGCGCGCCGGACAAUGCCCGCGGCGGGCCAGUGACGCCCGCGAGGAAUGCCGAGCGGCCCGGCCGCCCGCACCCAGCCGCCGCCGCCGCCGCCGCGCGUUCCUGCCGCCCGCGUCACGCGAGACCCGGCGGGGGCCGGGACCGCCCGAGCCGCCCCUCGGACCCGGCCGGCCGCCUCCGCCGCCGCCUCCUCCACCUCCUCCUCGGGGCCAUUAAAGCCAAUGAGCCGCGCGCCUCUGCCCAGCGCAGCCAACUAAAUCGGUUUGGAUGAUUCGCGACCUGAGCAAGAUGUACCCGCAGACCAGACACCCGGCACCGCAUCAGCCUGCUCAACCCUUUAAAUUUACAAUUUCCGAGUCCUGUGAUCGGAUUAAGGAAGAGUUUCAGUUUUUACAGGCUCAGUACCACAGCCUGAAGCUGGAAUGUGAGAAGCUCGCCAGUGAGAAGACCGAGAUGCAGCGGCAUUAUGUCAUGUAUUAUGAGAUGUCCUAUGGGUUGAAUAUAGAAAUGCACAAGCAGGCAGAGAUUGUCAAGAGGCUGAAUGCUAUCUGUGCGCAAGUCAUUCCCUUCCUGUCCCAAGAGCACCAGCAACAAGUGGUGCAGGCUGUGGAACGGGCCAAGCAGGUGACCAUGGCCGAACUGAACGCCAUCAUUGGGCAGCAACAACUCCAGGCCCAGCAUUUAUCACAUGGACAUGGUCUGCCGGUGCCUCUGACCCCACACCCUUCUGGGCUUCAGCCCCCUGCCAUUCCUCCCAUCGGGAGCAGUGCUGGCCUUCUGGCCCUCUCCAGUGCCCUGGGAGGCCAGUCCCACCUGCCAAUUAAAGACGAGAAGAAGCACCAUGACAACGAUCACCAAAGAGACAGAGACUCCAUCAAGAGCUCUUCGGUAUCCCCGUCUGCCAGUUUCCGAGGUGCCGAGAAGCACAGAAACUCCACAGACUAUUCCUCUGAUAGCAAAAAGCAGAAAACUGAAGAAAAGGAAAUUGCAGCUCGCUAUGACAGCGAUGGUGAGAAGAGUGACGACAAUUUGGUGGUUGACGUUUCCAACGAGGAUCCGUCUUCCCCUCGAGGGAGCCCAGCACACUCCCCAAGAGAGAAUGGCCUGGACAAGACGCGCCUGCUCAAGAAAGAUGCCCCCAUCAGUCCAGCCUCUAUUGCGUCCUCCAGCAGCACUCCUUCCUCCAAAUCCAAAGAACUUAGCCUUAAUGAAAAAUCUACUACUCCUGUUUCAAAGUCCAAUACCCCUACUCCACGAACCGAUGCACCCACCCCAGGCAGUAAUUCCACUCCUGGACUGAGGCCUGUGCCUGGAAAACCACCAGGAGUCGACCCCUUGGCCUCAAGCCUCAGGACCCCGAUGGCAGUCCCUUGUCCAUACCCAACCCCGUUCGGGAUCGUGCCCCACGCCGGGAUGAACGGGGAGCUGACCAGCCCCGGCGCCGCCUACGCGGGGCUGCACAACAUUUCACCGCAGAUGAGCGCAGCCGCAGCUGCCGCCGCCGCCGCCGCUGCCUACGGGAGAUCACCGGUGGUUGGAUUUGAUCCACACCAUCACAUGCGCGUACCAGCCAUACCUCCGAACCUGACAGGCAUUCCGGGAGGAAAACCAGCGUACUCCUUCCACGUCACCGCAGACGGCCAGAUGCAGCCUGUCCCUUUCCCCCCCGACGCCCUCAUCGGACCCGGAAUCCCCCGGCACGCGCGCCAGAUCAACACCCUGAACCACGGGGAGGUGGUGUGCGCGGUGACCAUCAGCAACCCCACGAGACACGUGUACACGGGCGGCAAGGGCUGCGUCAAGGUCUGGGACAUCAGCCACCCCGGCAACAAGAGCCCCGUCUCUCAGCUCGACUGUCUGAACAGGGAUAACUACAUCCGUUCCUGCCGAUUGCUCCCUGACGGUCGCACCCUCAUCGUGGGAGGGGAGGCCAGCACUCUGUCCAUCUGGGACCUGGCGGCUCCCACCCCACGCAUCAAGGCAGAGCUGACGUCUUCGGCCCCCGCGUGCUACGCUCUGGCCAUCAGCCCCGACUCCAAGGUCUGCUUCUCGUGCUGCAGUGACGGUAACAUCGCCGUCUGGGACCUGCACAACCAGACACUGGUGAGGCAAUUCCAGGGCCACACAGAUGGGGCCAGCUGUAUUGACAUUUCUAACGACGGCACCAAGCUCUGGACGGGCGGCCUGGACAACACGGUCAGGUCCUGGGACCUGCGUGAGGGGCGGCAGCUGCAGCAGCACGACUUCACCUCACAGAUCUUUUCUCUGGGCUACUGCCCAACCGGAGAGUGGCUGGCUGUGGGGAUGGAGAACAGUAACGUGGAAGUGCUGCACGUCACCAAGCCGGACAAAUACCAGCUGCAUCUCCACGAGAGCUGCGUCCUGUCGCUCAAGUUUGCCCAUUGUGGCAAAUGGUUUGUAAGCACUGGAAAGGACAACCUUCUGAAUGCCUGGAGAACACCUUAUGGGGCCAGUAUAUUCCAGUCCAAAGAAUCCUCAUCGGUGCUUAGCUGUGACAUCUCUGUGGAUGACAAAUACAUUGUCACUGGCUCUGGGGAUAAGAAGGCCACGGUUUAUGAAGUUAUUUAUUAAGGACAAAUCUUCAUGCGAACUGGACCCCUUCUCCUUGUAGCACUUUGUUCUAUCAUCUUCUUCCCCCCGCAUCUAAAACCAAGGACGUCAGAUACUCGUUGCAGUUGUGGAGUUUGAUCCCAUCUCUUACCCCCACUUCCUCCCUUGCUAUUGAAUUGUGAAUACUCCUUAAGAACCUGUGAUACCAAAUCUUCAGCGCUCUGCUUGGAAGAACAUGGAAUUACCACACUUAACAGUGACGGAAUCUUUAAUUAUGUAUUAUAUCUGUAAUAUAUUUAUUUUGUUUAAAGAAGGCUUUCUAACUUUGACUGAAUAAAGCUGUCUGCUCCUGCA